AUGAUCUUAAAUCUUCCAAGGGAUUUGGUAGAGGAGAUUGUCUCUAGACUUCCGAUGAAGUAUAUGAGAGCAUUGAAAUUAACUUGCAAAGCGUUGUACACUUUAUCCCAAAGUCCGAGCUUUAUGAAGUUACAAAUUAGUAAAGCAGUAUCAACAAGGGACGAAGAGUCGAUGAUCGUGCUGAUGGAUUACAAUCUUUAUCUAAUCAGCUUCGUCUUCAACGUUGAUUCAUCUGCAGAGCAUAAAGGCAAACUUACUUGCCUUGACAAACAAGUCAAGAUAUCUCAAGUCUUUUACUGUGAGGGUUUGUUGUUAUGCGUAUUGAAAGACUACAAUUUUAAGCUUGUGGUUUGGAAUCCUUAUUUGGGGCAAACAAGGUGGAUCGAACCCAGACACUCUCACCGAAAAGGACAAGAUAUGGACAUGUACAGGUACGCUCUGAACAAGAACCAAUCUUGUCGUAGCCACAAAAUCUUGAGGUUUAUAGAUGAUUACAUCGAUUAUGCCGAAAACGUCCGUGCACCCGAAAACCGCUUUUCAUGGUAUGAAAUCUACGAUUUCGAAACUGAUUUAUGGACAACUCUUGACGUCCCUCCAUACUGGAGUAUAUCGUGUUAUCAGCGUGGGGUUUCUCUCAAGGGAAACACUUACUUUUGUGCUACAAAAUUCAAAGAAGAACUCGACGAUCACAUAAUAUGUUUUGAUUAUACAAAAGAGAGAUUUGGGCCGCUUAUGCAUCUGCCGUUUAGCGAUGGACAUGAUGACUAUGUCACUUUAUCUUGUGUUAGAGAAGAGAAGCUUGCGGCUUUACUUACGCACAACGAUGUAAAUCCAUAUGAGUUUGAGAUAUGGAUUACGACUAAUAUUGAGUAUGAAAAAGUGUCGUGGAGCAAGAUCUUGGAAAUGGAUACGGAACCAUUGUCGGAAUGGCCGCUUGCAUUUACAAACGGAAGUUUCUUCAUCGACGAGGACAAGAAAGUCUCCAUGGGUUUUGAAGACAGUUUUGGCAACAGAGUUAACAUCAUUGCAGAGGAUGGGAACUUUAAAGAAUUGGAUCUCGUAGAGCUCGUCGCCGACAGAACAUGUACGCGACAUUUGUGCCCUUAUGUUCCAAGUUCAGUGCAAAUCAACCAACAUCCUGGAGGCAAAAGGAAACGAAAAACCAUCCUAGAAAAGCGUCGAUAUGACCAAAACAUGUUGAGACUUGCCGCCUUUAUAAAGCGAACCAAGCAGGAGUGGAGAAAACGCAUCCUUCAAAGCCGAGCUUAG